AGAUCCCUUGUACGAGAAGAAAGCUGUCAUGUUUAUGUUUGACAUUUUGGACGUGUAAUUCGGUUGACUGCUUACAGCCUCAUCCGUACAAGUUUCACCUAUGCCUUGUAAUGAGAGCUUGUCUUCUUCAUAUGCUCUUCGCGAUAUCUCAAUCUUCUGCACGAUAUAGACAUGGCUUCAACGUCGUACCCUCCGUUAGGUUUUUCUCUAACUUCAAAUCCAAUACCCAUCCUACCACGAACUUACCAAAGCCUCUGAGACUUUUGGACCUCAUUUCUCCGACGGGAGAUGUCUCCUAUGAAAGUCGCCAAACCCAUCUUCGCCUCAUUCAGGACUUUUUACAAACAGAUCCGGAUCAAUGCCGAUCUCAAACCCUUUCCGUUGGAUUUGAUUCUCGUUCAGUUGGUUUAUCCAAGGAUUCAUCCUUUGUUCUUGAUCAAGAAUGUGAAUCUGGUCAUUGGGAUGUUCAGUCGUUCGCAGGUAGAUUUAAAUUUAGUGCGAACGAUAUAUCCAGUGUUUUGAGUUUGUGUAAUUCUCAACGCAAUCUUCGUGGUGGACUUCAGUAUCAUUCUGUGGCGAUACGAACUGGGUUUAUUGCUAAUGUGUAUGUAGGAAGUUCGCUGGUGAGUUUGUACGGGAAAUGUGGGGAGUUGAGUAAUGCAUAUCAGAUGUUUGAUGAAAUGCCUGUGAGAAAUGUUGUGUCAUGGACAGCCAUUAUUGCUGGGUUUGCUGUAGAAUGGCAAGUUAAUAUGUGCUUGGAGCUUUUCGAAGAGAUGAAAAGAAUGGCAUUGCAACCCAAUGAGUUCACAUUUGUCACAAUAUUGACUGCUUGCACCGGUAGUGGAGCCCUUGGAGUAGGAAGAAGCCUCCAUUGUCAAACAUUCAAAAUGGGCUUUCAUUCUUAUCUCCAUAUUGCAAAUGCUUUGAUCUCAAUGUACUGUAAAUGUGGAGCUCUUAACUUUGCAUUAUACAUAUUUGAAGCCAUGGAAGUCAAAGACACUGUUUCAUGGAAUUCCAUGAUCGCAGGUUAUGCCCAACAUGGACUUUCUCAUAGAGCCAUUGAUCUUUUUAAAGCAAUGAGAAAGCAGAAGCAAGUGGAAGCCGAUGCCAUCACUUUCCUUGGUGUUCUGUCCUCAUGUAGACAUGCAGGGUUUGUGGAAGAGGGAAGACACUACUUCAAUCUUAUGGUGGAGCUCGGUUUGAAACCGGAAUUGGACCAUUAUUCAUGUGUUAUUGAUCUGCUUGGUCGAGCUGGGCUACUAAAAGAGGCUCAAAACUUCAUUGAGAAGAUGCCCAUGUCUCCCAAUUCAAUUAUUUGGGGAUCACUUCUUUCUGCUUGCAGGCUUCAUGGGAAUGUCUGGAUAGGAUUGAAGGCUGCGGAAAGUAGAUUGUUACUGCAACCUGAUUGCGCUUCAACGCAUUUGCAAUUAACGAAACUGUAUGCAAAAGCAGGGUACUUGGAUGAUGCUGCAAGAUUGAGGAAGAUUAUGAAAGACAAAGGGCUGAAGACUGCUCCUGGAUAUAGUUGGAUUGAGAUUCAAAAUAAGGUUUAUAGAUUCAAAGCAGAAGAUAAGUCAAACCCUUUAAUGGUUGAGAUUUUUGGUCUUAUGGAUUGCAUGGUGAAUCACAUGAGAUUCGUAGGUUUUGAUCACGAAUUGGAGGAUGAAGUUGACGAUGUUUUGCUAGCAACAUCCUGAAAGUUGAUAAUUGUUUGUUUUCUUUCUUCCAAAGAUAACUUGAAAUGUGAGGUUGAUCAUGCCUGGGACGUUAUUUAUGUAACAUAUAAACUAAUCUUUUCGAUACAUGAAUGUUAUUUUUUAAAAAAUCUUGGCUAA